GCGUAAGCCUAAAUGAAGAGGUAAUAUAAAUUGUGAUGCCUAAAUCAACAGGCAAACUCCGGAUCCAGGUUCCGGCCGUUAUAAGCCAAAGGUACAUACGAACGGAUCCAGUACCUAAAAAGUGGUAGGAACUCAAUCAAGCAAGAGCAUGUCGUCAAGAGAAGCAGCUGCAACCACUAAACCGCCGCCAUACCCUAGUGCCGCAAGAAUCUCAGAUUCUCCAUGCUAUCCUCAAUACACCGCCUCUCUCAAAUGUCUUGAAGAGUUUAGUUCAGACAAGAGCAAAUGUCAAGAAUAUUUUGAUGUUUACAAGGAAUGCAAGAAGAAGGAGAGGGAAGCUCGGUUGGAACGCAACAGGAACCGGUCCUUAUUCUCAUGAAUUCUCUCAUGGCCCAGAAGAAUAACAAUAAAUGUUUAAACUCAUCCAUCCGGUCAGGGCUGAUUUAUAGAGAUGAACUCACUGUUAGGAAUUUGGAAAUUAUAGCCCCCUUUUGUACUGCUAUGAGUUAAUAAUAUAUUUGUUUAAAUAUUCGUAUCGAAAUGACAAAUGAUUUGUCCUGUGCUGUUAUUGCUUGCAAA